CUCGCGAUGAAUACGCUGCAGGGCUAUGGUUCCGAUUCGGACGGGGAAGGGGCGGGCUCGUCGAGCCAAGCUGGACCUUCGAGACCAGCUGUAGUUCCGUCGAAAAAGAAGAGGACUGAGGAACCAGAAAGAGCAGAGGAGCAAGACGAGGACGAGGACGACGAAGAGAUCAGCCCCGACGAUGUCUUUGGUUUGGGCCAUCUCCGCAAGGAUGUCAGCGACAAGGCACAAGUGGAGAAGAACGGAGGGCAUCUCGUCAAGUCCGCGCCAGAUGUGCUCGCAAACGUAGACGAGGCAAGCAGCGCGCUCUUGACACGACCGACGGACACGGAGAUGCACGUCAACAUACCCUUUCGAGACUUGGCUCGUCCACUAGCGGGACCCCAGAAUCCGUUCUCCAACAAGGUCCUGGGCUCCCAACAGAACAACCUCAGCGGUCACGUUGAGCAAGCGGCCAUGACCGACUUUGACUUUCGGAACCAGCAGAGGACGUUCGAGACGCUAGGCUACGCAAAGAAUCCGAGCCAGUAUGCCGGAGGAAACGGGAGCGAAUGGGUGGGGGAUGUGCAGGAGGCACAACGGCUUGGCGGUGCAACAGCGGUGGAGCUUAGAGGAGGAGGAUCGGCCGAAGCGAGGAGCCUGGCUCGCCAGACGAAACGAAAGCGGAAGGGACAAGAUGGGGAUUUGUCCGUCAUUGAGGGCGAGGGGGCGUACGUGGGUCCAUGGGGCGGAUGGGAGGGAGAGAGGGUGCAGACAGAGCCUGUCGGUCCUUCAGAAGAAGAGCUGAAGGCAGCGGAGGAGAGGAGCAGCGACCGAAAGCGGCAGGAGGCCGAAAUGAAGGAGCUUCGGCAGCGCGAGGCCGAGCAAGGCACGGAGAAGAGCGUCUUCCAUGGCAAGUCAAUUUACGACUACCAAGGGAGAACGUAUAUGCACGUACCGACCGACGUCGACACAAAUCUUCAUGGCGAGGCGGGCUCGCAACACUGCUUUAUUCCAAAGGCCUGCGUGCAUACCUGGACCGGCCACACGAAGGGUGUCAAUGCCAUUCGUCUCUUCCCUGGAAGUGGCCAUCUGAUGUUGAGUGCCAGCAACGAUUGCAAGAUCAAGCUCUGGGAUGUCUAUCACGAAGGCAAAUGCUUACGAACGUACAUGGGCCACUCCAAGGCCGUGCGGGACAUUUGCUUCUCCAACGAUGGUCGCCGCUUCCUCUCCGCCGGCUACGAUCGCCAAAUCAAGCUGUGGGACACCGAGACGGGCGCCUGCAUCCGCGCCUUCUCGAAUGGCAAGGUGCCCUACUGUGUGGCCUUCCACCCUGAUCCAGAAAAGCAGCACAUCUUCCUGGCCGGUAUGUCGGACAAGAAGAUAGUGCAGUGGGACUCGACGACGGGUGAAACGACGCAGGAGUAUGACCAGCACCUUGGCCCUGUCAACACGAUCACGUUCGUCGAUGAGAAUCGACGCUUCGUGACGACGUCGGACGACAAGACGAUGCGUGCUUGGGACUUUGAUAUCCCCGUCGUCAUCAAGUACGUCGCCGAUCCAUUGAUGCACUCGAUGCCAGCCGUGACCAUGUCUCCCAACAAAAAAUGGCUUGCUUGUCAGUCUCUCGACAAUCAAAUCGUCGUCUACUCGUCCGACUCGUUUCGGCAGAACCGGAAAAAGAUCUUCAAGGGCCACAGCAUUGCUGGGUUUGCCUGCCAGGUCGGCUUUAGCCCCGACGGCCGCUUCAUCUCCUCUGGCGACGGCGAGGGGAACCUGGUGUUUUGGGACUGGAAGAGCGGCAGGCUGCUCAAGCGGCUCCGGUCCCACAAAGAGGUCGUCAUCACUCAUGCGUGGCUGCCUCACGAGACGAGCAAGGUCAUCACGGGAAGCUGGGACGGCACGAUCAAGCUAUGGGACUGAAAUGAGGCGUGGGCCGCUCUCAAUUCUUGCUUGCAUCAAAAGAAAGUGAAUUAGUAGACAGCAUCUAGUUGUAGUAGUGAGAUGUGGAAAUACAAGAAAAGAGCAGCGAUGCAUUC